AUGACGUCUCUCUUUCGCCCCUCCAACCCCUCUCCACUCACUUCACAAACCCUUAUGUCGCCCCCAGAAACCCCAAUCCUUCAAACUCUCCCUAUCCAAAGCCACUACUACCGCCCCCCUCGGUCAACCCUAACAUCGCCGGCCCGUAGCAACAUCUCUAGUCCCGCCGGAUCGCCGACCCGCACAUCCCGGCAGACACGGAUACAAAGCCUCCUCGCCAACGACCCGCUGCUAUCUCGCCUAACCCCGGCCACGAUCGCUCGGCUCUCAAAUGACCCAGAAUUCGGCUUCACACCCGCAGAAAAAGAAUGGAGUAUUCGCGCCGCGGAGGGUAUCGUGAGAGUCGGGGAAUGGCUGCGCGAGGUCGAGGGCUGGAAUGUGCAAUGGAGACGAUCAAAGGGUCGGGACGCCGGCGAUGGAUAUCUACCGCCGCGGCCCAAGAAACGAAGGAAAGUCAGUAUAAUAAGUGUCGGAACCGAGAUGGGAUCCAUUGCGGAGGAGGAUGAGGAAGGCGAGGAUUCGGAAGAGGAGGAAGCGAGGAACCUGUUGAUAAAAAAGAGGAACUCAAAACCGCCCACGCCAUAUCAGUUGAAUCUGCAGAAGCAACGGGCGGGUACAGCUGUGACACCCUCAAAGGGUAACAGGCCACUUUAUGACGAGUACGACGGAGAGUCCACGGACGAGGAGGAUGAGGAGGAAAUUGACGAGAGCGAGUACUGCGGCUCGCUGAAAAAAACUACGAUCGAGCAGUAUCUCGAAAGGAUUGAACAAAUCAAAUCCGAGAUCGAAGAGCUUGACGUUGAAGCCCUCAAGAGCAAAGUCCUUGCAUAUCGCACCGGAAUAUCCAACCCACUUACCGAUUCCUCGGCCAUCAUCACAGCCAUAACAUUACAACUCCUCCCGCCUCUACAUCGCCUCACAAAAUUGCUCUCCGUCUGGGCGGUCCGACUUGCGGUCCUCCGACUUGUACCUGUUUUCCUGCGAUGGCUCCAGAUCGCAAAAGACUCGCUCGACGCUGGAUACGCGGCGAUCAACCACCCUAGCAUAGCGCCUUCUCAGGACACAUCCGAUGACGAGUGGCGCGGGCUGGAAGAAUCGACAUUCGGACUAAUGCAGGAAACUAUUACAGCAAAGGUCGCGACAGCCGGCAGACUGAUGGAUACUAUGCUGGAUGCACUGGAGGGCCGCGAAGACGUUUUGCCGGACCUGUGGAUCACGGAGUUAGAGGACGUUGAGGAACGGGUGGGUGCGUGGGAGAUGGACGGUGAACGGGUUGUCAUUGCCGGGAAGUUAAGGCUGGAAGAGCUGCGACAGAGGGAAACAAAGAGGGAAGAGCUGUUACGAGAGAUGGAAAGAAAUAGACUCGUUGAAGAGCAGGAGAGGUACGCGGAGGAAGCAAGGGGCGCCGAGUGCGUGGCAGAGAGCGUCAUGGAGCGUGCCGAAGAGACAGAGCGAGGUCUCCGGGAAGCAAUGGAGGCAAAUGAGGAUGUCACAGAGAAUAUCGAACUUGUCGGAGAUAAUUACGAUGAGGACGCAAGUGGUGACGAGAACGACUAUGAGCCCAGAGAGAUGGAUGAGUUAUUAAUGAGACUCGAGGGCGUAGAGAAGGAUAGAUUGUUCUCUAGGGAUAAUUCUGAUAGUGAGGCGGAAGAUGUGCGUCAUGCCGACGUGUUUGAGAGAUCAAGGAGAGGCCUUCGGAUAGAUGGGGGUGGAAGUAGCUCUAUCGAUGCAUUCCCAGCGCUAGACCACGAGCUAUCACUCGGAAACAACGCCCAACCCGAGGCAUCAACAGCCUUCCACACACCCAUGCCCACACCGGGCAUUAUGCAGGAUCACGAUCAGCUCCGAAAGGGCUCCACAGCAACAGACUACUACACUCCCAUGCCCACACCUGGAAUUAUCACCGCACUAAACCAGGCAACAACCUCAGACUCUGAUGGCUCCAUAACACCCACACAAUUCCACACACCUAUGCCGACGCCGAGGGUUCCAUUCCCCCCACAACCGGAUUCAGAGGCCUCCUCUUCGCGCCGAGGAUCCGCAACUCCUACAAUCCAGUUCCCAGCAUCUCUCAUGUUCGGAGACCAACCGCCACUCCGGCGCCAAUCUUCAACUCCCUUCCAUACCCCAAUGACUACACCAGCUCUCAUGGCCGCAUUCCAACACGGCCCGCCACUCCUCCGGAGACAGCCCUCAAUGCCGUGUAUGCCGGUCCCGAAACUUCCGCCAACAGCACAAGUUUUUGCAGCAACUGCCCGCCGCGAACCACCGUCUCCUGAAACACCAAAACGCGCGGAAGCCGAGAAUACACAGGAGGAGGCAAAGGAGGUCAAAAAGACCACUCCCAAGCCCAAAGUCAAUAUCCUUGCCGCUGCACGCUCAUUCUUCAAAUCUCCAAAGGCAGAAAGUAAGAAAAGUCGCGCAAAGAAGGAGGAGCAGGCCAAGAAGGAGGAGGCGCGAAAGAAGGAGGAGGAAGAGCGGGAAAUGAUCGAGGCGGUCAACGCAGAAACCGAACGAUUGUCAAAGCUGGAAGAGGCAGAGAGGGAACGCACCGAGAAGAUAAAUGCGGUCAAGAUGAAGCUAGCGGAGGCAGAACGACUCAGAGAAGUAGAGCGGGCGGCCAGAGAAGUGGAGGAAAGGAAAAAGGUUGCGGAAGCCGAGCGCAAGCGAAUGAUAGAAGAGGAAGCGCGGGAAAGGAAGGCACGGGAAGAAGAACAGGAGCGAUUGGCACAGGAAGAACUCCGUCUUAAGAUUGAAGAGGAAGAGGAGGAAGAGCGUCUAAGACGGGCGUCGAUUGAACGGGUAUCUGCACUUGAGGCAGUUAAUCUCGCUACCGAUGCAGAGCACCAGAGACUCCUCGCUCAGGAGGCAUCGAUCAUUGCAGAACAAGCUCGUCAACAAAUGGCGGAAGAAGAGGAGGAACGAAGCAGACUGUUUGAAGCCGAAAAGCAAGCGCUACUUGAGCAGGAACGUAUAGCAGAGGUUGAAAGGCUUGCUGUCGCCGAAGCUAUGCGAGUUAAAGCCGAAGAAGAGGCAGAACGUGAACGCCGCGCGGAGAUGGAUAGACUCGCAGCUGAAGCCGAAGCCGAAGCUGAGCGUCAAAGACUCGCUGAAGAGGAGGCAGCGCUGGAACGGCAAGCUGAGUCUGAAAGACUCGCUGCCGUGGAAGAAGCUGCACGACUACAGGCUGAGAAGGACGCUGAAGCCAAGAUCCUGCGAUUGAUUGCAGAAGAAAAAGAACGUGACAGACUGGCCGCUGAAGAAGCUGCUCACGUCGAAGCUGAAGAGCAAGCCGAAGCUGAGAGGCUAGCUGCUGCUGAAGCGGCACGUAUCGAAGCCGAGGAAGAAGCCGAAUGCUUUAGAAUGAUUCAAGAGGAAGCCGAAGCUGAGAGACUUGCUGCUCUUGAAGCGGCACGUAUCGAGGCCAAGGAAGAAGCCGAACACUUUAAAAUGAUUCAAGAGGAAGAGGAACGUGAAAGACUCGCUUCCAUUGAGGCUGCUUGUCUUGAAGCUGAAGAGGAAGCUGAGGCUGAACGUCUACGACUCAUUGAAGAAGAAGACGAAAGACUCGCCGCCAUUGAAGCUACCCGUAUCAAGGGAGAGGAAGAAGCCGAAGAUGAACGCCUACGACUAAUCUUCGAGGAGGAGGAGCGCGAACGACAGGUAGAGGCCGAAAGAUUCGCUGCCGAAGAAGAGCGCCAAAGACUCCACUUCGAGGAAGAGGAGCGAAAACGUCAAGCCGAGGCCGAUGUCGCAGCAGAGCGUCUGAGACUCGCUAAGGAGGAAUUAGAGGCAAAACGUCAAAUAGAAGUUCAGAGAGUUGCGGCCGUUGCAAUGGCCCGUCUGGCAGCCGAAGAAGAGCAGCGACGACAGGCGGAGAUUGAGCAACUUGCCGCCGAAGAAGCUGCCAGGCUCGAGGCAGGACUCGCCGAGGAGGAAGCCGAGCGAGAGAGACAAGCAGAGGUUGAGAGACUCGCUGCGAUUGAGGCCGAGCGCAUCAGGGCUGAAGAGGAAGCAGAACGUCAACGUCAAGAAGAGGAAAGAGCUGCAGCCCUUGAGAUUGCAAGGUUAGAGGCUGAAGCUGAGGAAAAGGCUGAGCGUCUACGGGUCCUUGAAGAGGAAUCUGCCCGCCUCAAGGCUGAAGAGGAAGCAGAAAAACAGCGCCAAGAAGAGCUCGAGCGCCUCACCGAGAUUGAAGCUGCACAUAUUGCUGAAGAGGAGCGACAAACUGAGAUCCAACGUCUUGCUGUCCUAGAAGCUGAAGCCGUAGAGGAGGCUAGACGUGCAGAGGAAGCAUCUGCCCACGCCCUGAUGCAAGAAGCAGAGCGUACCCUCGAAGAUGACCGCCGGAGGGCCAUACAAGAAGAGGCUCGGAUCAACGCUGCACUUCAAGCCGAAGCAAUAAGACUUGCCGAAGAAGAAGCUGCGCGCCAACGUCAGGCCGAACUUGAACUCCUUGCCGUUAUCGAGGCCGAAAACGCUGCACGGGAGGAAGAAGAACGUCAACGCGUGUUCAAACUUGAAGAUGAACGUCGCAAGGCUAUUGAGGAAGAAGCUCGACGGAACGCCGAGUUUCACGCUGAUGCAGUCAGACUUGCCGAGGAAGAUGUUGCGCAUCAGCGCAAAAUUGAACUCGAGCGACUAGCAAAGAUCGAAGCCGAACGUGCUGAGCGAGAGGAGGAAGAACAUCAACGUAUGGUAAAGCUUGAAGUUGACCGUCUCAGGGCCAUUGAACAGGAAGCCGAGAACGAGCGACUCAUAACUUUGGAGCUUGAUCGAUUGAAGGUCGAACAGGAAGCUGAGAUUCAACGUCUCGCUGCUCUGGAAGCAUCCCGUCUUGAGCUCGAAUCUGAACAAAUUGCCGCUAUCGCAGCUGCUGAGGAGGCUGAGCGUCAACAGGAAGAGCAGGUAAGACUUGCCGCCGAAACUAAGCAGAAUAAAUUAGCUAAAUCAGAAGCACAGAUAAUCGCCGAAGCUCAGAGAUCCGAGAACAAACGAGUCGCAGACCUAGAUGACGUCCGUCUGGCUGCUGAGGCUGAAGUAGAGACUGAAAUCCAAGCCGAACUCGAGAGACAAUUGCAGCGUGCUAUAGGCGACGAAGAAAUUCAAAGAAUGGUCAGAGAGCAGGAACAGAAAGAUAUGGAGCGCAUAGAGGAGGAGGAGCGAAGGAUCAAUGAACAGAUUCAACGACAAAUGGCUGAGCAGCAGGCAAUAAUUGAAGCAGAAGCAGAAACGGAACGCCAGCUCAACGCCCAGUUACAGAUGGAAGCUCGGGAGGCCAUUGCUGAAGCAGAAAGGAAGAGGGAGAAGGAAGACGAAAAUAUACGUCGACAACUUGCUACUUUCAACGAUUCAAUGGACUCUGAUGAUGAAAUGCAAUUUCAGCUGAUUUCUAAGAUCAAACGGGUAGCCCUUGAGGCAGAAGCUGAAUACCAGAGACAACAAGCCAUUGACGAGAAAGAACAGAGGAAAAUGAUUUCCGAGUUUGAAGCAAGAUUCAAGGCUGAGGAGGAGAUGCAGGAUAAAAAGCUCGCCGCAGAACUAGAACGAGAGCGUCUCCAAGCCCUUGAGCAAGAACGGCGUUGGGAGAUUAACGAGGAAGCAGCAUACAAGCAGGCCACGCAAGAGGAAGAGAAGAUCCACCGGCAGAUCGCCGCUCAAGAGAGGAGAUGGGCCCACGAGGAAGAAAUAGAAAAGAAGCGUUUUGCACAUGCCGAAAAUGAAUCGGGCCUCACUUUCGAAGAGAUGGAUCUCCAAAGACGUCUUGCUGAAGAUGAGCGGCAAAGAUUAGAAGACUUGGCUUUGGUGAAGCGGGAGCAGGAGCGAUUCGCGGCCCAAGAAGCAGAAAGACUUGCAAUGGAGCAGCGAAUUGAAAAUGAUAGGCUUGAGGCGGAGCGGUUGAGGGAGGAGGAAGAAAGGCAGAGGCAGGCACAGUUCUCGAACCACCGUAAUCCCAACUCAGAGAGAGAUUUCCUCUCGGGAGAUGAUAUUACCGAGGAUUACCAAGAUCUUUCGCUCACUAAACUUCCUUUCAAAGAGUCCGAUGAGGACUCCGGGAGUCUUGGGAGUGAGAAUAUGGCAUAUGCGGAAGCACGGAAAAACCAGCCAUCUGUUCCUCCAUCUAUAACCUUAACACCUAUAUCUUCACGAUCAUCAUCUGUUCUGCACCAGACAAAAUACAAAACUCCCGAAACGAAUAAGGAAGUCCCACCUACACCAUGGUCACAAGAAUCAACAAGCCCAGAAAUCUCCCCGGAUAUGUCAAAAUCACAGGGAAAUAUCUCUGAGUCAUACUCGGAUCUGGAGGAAGAUCUGGUAGCAGUCGAGAACCUAGCCGCUCACCUCUCUUUACAAAAAGCACUCAAUGGCAAUGAUGAUUCGGGAGAAUAUGAACUUCCUCAGACUAGGCAAAGCUCCGAUCAAGAACUAUCGGAUAGUUCUUUUGACGGCCUGCCUUGUAUCCUUAUAGCUCCCUCAACACCUGGGGAUAGGUCCGAUUUUGAAGAUACAGGCACACCCAAAACUGCCAAUGGGACAUGGGAUAAUGUAGCAAACUCUCCCGUUUUCGAAGAUGACAGCCCAUCAGGUUCGUACGCCGGCGGAUCUUCCCCCUCCAAUCUGAGAAUCGACGCGAACGGCUAUCCUACGGAGGAUGACGAUGCAGAAGACAUCUCAGAUUUUGAAGUGGCGCCUGUUGCAACGUCUACACCAAAGCCCAAGAGGCGGCCAGGGACGUUAGGUGGACUGGAUAGUAUUACGGAAGUCCAGACGCCUUACUCGCCCCGUGAUGGAAGUUUUCCGUCAGACACUCAUGCAUUUGGUACACCUUCAAAGAAGUCAGGGAAAUCAGGCGAUCUGAUGUUGAAAGGAGGACUGAGUGUGCAAGAUAGCCCAAGCGCUAGAAGACGCUCCUUCAACGACAAAUUCAAGGUGGGGCCUAUCAGUUUGGAUUUGGGGCUUGGAAACCGGGAAGCUUCUACGCAAAAUAGGUUUGCCAAGCGGAGCACCACCCCCGAACCAAAGGCUCCUAUAAAGGUCGAAAGAUCACAAAAGCUGAUCAGAAAGGCCCCACUUGACAUGGCAAAGCCAAGAUCUCUUUCUUCGACUGGACACUACAUCUCCCCGGGUUCCACAGUGAGGACGGGAUCCAGGUCUCCGACAAAAACUCCAACAAAGACAGGGCCUGCACUUAAGGCCAUUCGUCGUCCACACAAGGAGAUUGACAGUGACGAUGAGGGAUCCGUCAUUAGCGAGCAGCGAUGGGCACGGUCAAACGAACUCACCCCCGACCGCAACUCAUCUCCUCCUACGGAUAUUGGCGUGCCAAGGCUAAACGUUCAGAAGAGACAAAUUCCUCGGCCAGCGAAGAUUGAUACUGUCACACCAGAAAGGAGCAGGAAAUUGUACCAGAAGAACCCGCAAGAUGAUGAAGAUGGUUCUCAGUCGUUUACCAUGACCCCAAAAUUGGAGUUCCCACAACCAAGUCUGGACGAUAAGGUCAAUGAUAUUUUGACCUCACUUAAAUCCCCGAUUCGUCUUACGGCUUCGAACCUCCAGAAGCUUACAGAGGCGUCGAAACGAUCAGGUCCUUUGAGGCCGUUUGAGCUCCCUCCUUCUAGUAUACCAGCACCAAAAUCUGUCGCCGGCAGCUCCGUGGUCUCUGAUGCUACCGGAUUUGCCCCUCGUGGUGGUAGAAGGCACGUGUCUAAUGCUUCAGCUGGUAUCGAACUUUACCAUCUCCACCGUGAUAACGGUCAGGCACCUAUCAAGCUUUACAUUCGUCUUGUAGGAGAGAGAGGCGAGAGGGUUAUGGUCCGUGUUGGUGGCGGAUGGGCCGACCUGGCUGAGUAUCUCAAAGAGUACGCCGCACACCACGGAUCAAAGAGACGAACUGUUUCCGGAGGUGGCAUUGAGAUUCAAGACCUCGGCGGUGGUGCACAGCAUCACUCACUGCACGCAGCCAGAUCCAGAUCAUCCCUGCGAAGCAACAGUCCCGCUCCAGGCCAAAGCAGGUCGGGCUCACCGCCAGGAGGCCGCUCCCGUUCCGUUUCAGCGGUGGGUCUUAGAUCCCGCUCAAACUCGGCACUGGGUGUCAGGCCCGGCUCGUCAUUGGGCAAUCGCCCUGGUUCAUCAUUAGGCAAUCGUCCGAGUUCAUCAAUGGGCAACAACCGUCCAGGGUCAUCAUUGGGUGUUCGAGGACGGGAACGAAGUUCAUCUCUCGUCCAACCAGCAACUGUCAAUAGCCCGCCUACCAUGCGAGGUGGUCAUGACGGAACCAAGGACCGCCCAACUUUGACGCCAUUCCAGCCCCUAGCAUACCAAAGACAGUGUGCAUUUAGUCCCCAAAACGGCAUGUCACCGCCCAGCGGAAUCCGGCCGCCCAGCAGAGGGCAAUCCGCAGUUCGACCACCAAGCAGGGGGCAAGGAGCAAUCCGACCGCCCAGUCGGCAGGGCGCACCACCGCCAGUGAGUCGACCAGGAUCUUCACACGGCGCUCUCCGGCGAUCUGCGUCCCGCUUGUCAUUUAGCGAGUCAGCGUUUGACCCGUCCGAAGCUGGCAGCUCAACGGAGGCACCACCACCCAAACCGUUGGGUCUGGCUGGGCCGAAGGGCAAGAACACUGUUAUUUCCCCACAGGACCAAGCGUGGGUUGACGGGAUGAUCGGCGAGGUCCGAAAAGUGAGCGCGCGAAAACGCAGGUUGACGGGCGGCAGCGUCAGCGGUGAGAUGGGGCUGGGAGAUGAGCCCUUUGUUAUUCCGGGAGAGUUAGUUGAGGUGCAGCCGGGGGUGCAGCAGCUGCAGUUUGGGUCCCCUAGGUUGGAGAUGGGAGAUUUGGGGAAGCAGGGAGGAACGAGAAGAGUUUUUCCGAAGAAUACUUGA